UAGUGUCCACCAGGAAGUGAAAAUGUUUACAAUCUUUGAUUUGGUAAAAAAAUAGGUAUACCAGUUUGUUUUGGAUUAUGACUAACACGUCAUAACCCGAGCAUACAUCGUUGUUGAUUUGCCCUUCUCAACAUGUAUAGCGGACUUUUACCGAAAGGUCRGACCGAAAUUAGUUCAGAUGAUGAAGACGACCAAGGUGUUGCAAAUCAAGAAAUAGCCGCAACUAACGUUCAACGUCCUGCAGUUGGACUUUCGCGUGGUCUUAAGCAAAAUUGUGUUACACUUGGAGACACAAGUUAUUCUUGUAUCCAGCCCUUCAUAGAAAAUGACCCGUGUUUGGACUCCUUACCCGGGAUUUCCGAGGAGAAUUGGCAAAAAUGUAAAGAGCAGCAGAAGAAAAAAGAUGAGAUCAACACAAUGAAGCUCCCCCAAAAAAGACCGCAGAGAAAAGGACGAUAUAACAAAGAUGAAAGAUCAGCAACUAAGAACAUGGAAUCAAACAAUGAAAGCAGAGAACCUCAAGCGGAGCAUGAAAGGCAUUGGGAUGGGCUUACGCAGUACUUUGGCAUCAAUGAUAGAUUUCAACCCCCUGCCUGUAGCAAGCCUGCUCCCAAGUCCAGCCUAGAAAAGAGCAUAGAGAGCGCCAUCGCUGAAGGGGACUUUGGGAAGGCGGAGGAGAUGAGCGACAGACUCGCCACUCGAGAGCUUGCCAGGAACAUGAAGGAUGGGCUUGACAGCAGUCUGGCAGCCAUAGCUCACUCUGUAUCUGUGUUUACCUCAUGCUCAGAACAGUGAAUUGACUGAAAUUUUCAAGAAAUUCUCACAUACAACAAAAUUGGUGAGUAUGAAACUGCAUUCAUUGUUCUGUGGUGCCUGGUAACAUUUAGCCCAAUAUCAGCCUCUCUGUAAAAUUGUCUAAAUGACUAUGAGAGCUAAUGACAAGUGACCUACAAAUUCCACUGACUUCUUGUAAAUAGAUAGGAAAAUACAGCGGCAUACACUACCAUGAAUGAGUAGGACAUAGACAUUUCACCAUGUAUUCUACUGUAGUAUGUUGACCAUGUUGCACAGAAGGGGAUACUGAUGUGUUACUGCUGCCAUAUCCCUUUUCAAAUAUGUUUUUCUCCAUCUCUUUAGUGGAUGUUGGACCAAAUAUACUGUAUCUAUGGUAGAGGAUYAACUUGAGAGAAGUGUAGUUUGCUACAGAUGGCUCAAGUGUUGGCUGCUGGCAGCGUCACGGUUGCGGCUUCGUUUCCUAGAUAAAUAAUAGCAUGUGGCGUAUUAAACAUGCUCUGGGGAAAUGUGCGUAGAAGUGGAGCGUUUUAUACCCACGUCUAAUUCUUCCUGAGUUCAACCUCAUUGCACUUUGCAAAUUAUGAUUGCGACACUAGUGUUGACUCUGGACAGUCCUAUGGUGACAAACAUUUAGUGGAUCAAUAUUCCCAACUGUGGUCAGAAUACAUUUCAAGGUUAUUAUUGAAGCGUCUCAUUUGAUACCGUAUGUAAUGGCCUAUUUGUUUAAUUUGUUUACAGUCAUAACACUUGAGAGACAUUAUUAUGGCAGGCUUUUUAGUGGAGGAAUAGUACCAGGUUUURGUAAUGGAAAGAACGGAAAAGGAUUUAGACAGCUGUGAAUUACUAAAGAGGGCUGUGUCUGUCCCCCAAGGCAUUGUUUGUAAAGAAACACAGUUCACAGUGUACCAGGUUGUCACAGUAUUUCAGUUCUCAAUCUACCAGCAUUGCUUUUUGAACCAAAGUGAAAUGUCUGAAGAUGUUCCUCCAUUUAAAGGAAUUGUUUGUUUCUGCUGUGUUUUGAGCUCGRGACAAUAAAUUCAUUAUUUUUUUGUUGACUUUGAAUCUGAAUAUUAAAACAAUUUGGUAAAACCCUUUUUUUAAGGCUUCUUAGAAAUUCUCUGAUACAUGUGCUUUCAUCUGUUCGAGUUCUAAAAUACACUGCCAGAAUAUUUACAGGUUGCUUUGAGAUUGUCUCCUCAUUAAAGUAUAUCUUUAAAUAUU